UAUUUAUUCUGAAAUUAUUCUUUCACAAUGUUGUUUAUGUUUUCUUUUUUUUUUUUUUUCUAGCCAGGAUUGAUGGCACAUACCUAAAAUUCCAGCACUUGGUAAUGGCAGGAUGAUCUGGAGUCCAAGGUCCUUUUCAGCUAUAUGAAACGCACAAAUUGUAUACCAAACCCAACAUCACUUUUUGGAAUCUGAGAAUGAUACUAGUAAACCACGCUUAAUAUUUGUUCUUUGGAGCCUGCUAAUCUCAGAAUUACCCUACAAUAAACAGAUGCUCUCUCUACGCUGGGCAGCCUGCCAGAAGGUGACCAUGACCCAACUCAGCUUCCUGCUAUUUAUCAUCCUGGCCACCAGAGGGUGCACGGCACAGAACCUGGAUACCAACAGAUGGGCCAAUCCUGGAUCUUCCUCUCUGUUCAGAAGCUGCAAGGAAAUCAAGCAGGAGAUAACUAGUGCACAAGAUGGCCUCUAUUUCCUCCGCACGAAGAAUGGUGUCAUCUACCAGACCUUCUGUGACAUGACCACUGCAGGUGGUGGCUGGACCCUGGUGGCCAGUGUGCAUGAGAACAACAUGGUUGGGAAGUGCACAGUGGGCGAUCGCUGGUCCAGUCAGCAAGGCAACAGAAUCGACUACCCAGAGGGGGAUGGCAACUGGGCCAACUACAACACCUUCGGGUCUGCAGAGGGGGCCACGAGUGAUGACUACAAGAACCCUGGCUACUUCGACAUCCAGGCUGAGAACCUGGGUAUCUGGCAUGUGCCCAACAAGAGCCCCCUGCACAAUUGGAGGGACAGUUCUCUGCUGAGGUACCGCACCUUCACUGGCUUCCUGCAGCACCUGGGCCAUAAUCUGUUUGGCCUUUACCAGAAGUUCCCGGUGAAAUAUGGAGCUGGGAAGUGUUGGACUGACAAUGGCCCAGCAAUACCUGUGGUCUAUGACUUUGGUGACGCUCAGAAGACAGCCGCUUAUUACUCCCCACUUGGCCAGAAGGAAUUCACUGCAGGAUUUGUUCAGUUCAGAGUGUUUAAUAACGAGAGAGCAGCCAGUGCUUUGUGUGCUGGCAUGAAGGUCACUGGAUGUAAUUCUGAAGCUAGCUGCAUUGGUGGAGGAGGAUUCUUCCCAGAAGGUAACCCUCGGCAGUGUGGAGACUUCUCUGCAUUUGAUUGGAAUGGAUAUGGAACUCACAUUGGGUACAGCAGUAGCCGGGAGAUAACUGAAGCAGCUGUGCUUCUGUUCUAUCGUUGAGAAUUUUGUGAUGUGGGACCCAGACUUCUUCUCCAGUCUGUGGACUCCCAUGCACGAGAAAAAACUUUCCCAGUUACAUUGAACUCAUUUUUUUUUGAGACAGGGUUUCUCAGUG